AAAUCUGACGGUUGAAAUACUUUGACGAGCAUUGGUGCAUUAGUGUCAAAAUAUGGAGUUGACGUUGAGCGACAACGCUCUCAAAACCUUUGCUCGAUGCAUCACUUGUCUCGCACGCAUCGGAAACGAGCUCGCAAUUCAAGCCUCUUCCUCUCAGCUUCUUUUCCAUACGAUUAAUUCGUCGCGUUCUGCGUAUCAAUGCAUCGCUUUCAAGCCUGGCUUCUUUGAUGCGUACACGGUUUCUGGUAAUCUCGUGCAAUGUAGUGUGCUUCUGAAGGCUGUUUGUGCUGUUCUCAGGACACCUAUUGCAAAUAUCGAUCACUUGACUGUGAGACUGCCUGAUCCAGAUGCUCCCAAAGUGCAGUGGAUUUUGGAUUGCUAUAAUGGCAUGAGAAAAGCUUAUUGGAUUACUUGCAAUGUAGAACCUGACAUACAACACUUGUCCCUUGAUAGGCAAAAAUUUCCCAGCAACUUUGUUGUGAGGCCUCGAGAUCUGAACAGGUUACUUGCUAAUUUUCAGUCAUCUCUUCAGGAGAUCACUAUCAUUGCAACAGAACCUUCUUCUCUACCUCCUGAUGCUGCAAAUGAAGUUGGUGGAAAAGCAGUUGAACUUCGGAGUUAUAUGGACCCAACCAAAGACAAUGAUACGUUGCUGCACACCCAACUCUGGAUAGAUCCUAAAGAAGAAUUUUUGCAGUAUGUUCACACUGGAGAUCCAAUAGAUGUGACGUUCAGUGUAAAAGAACUGAAGGCAUUUCUUUCAUUUUGUGAGGGCUGUGAAGUUGAUAUUCAUUUUCAUUUUGAGAAAGCUGGCGAACCUAUUCUUAUGGCACCCAAAUUUGGUUUGGAAGAUGGAUCUCACUCAAAUUUUGACGCCACUCUUGUACUGGCAACAAUGUUAAUAUCUCAGCUUCAUGAAGGUGCUCCCUCAGAACCUCCAGUGGGGGCCACCAACACACACACUCAUAAUGAAGAAAGAAAUGCAUCUCACGUGCAGCAAGAUAACUGCAGAACAAAUGUGUCAGAGCUUCCAUCUGACCACACCCGUAUUUGGUCAGACCUCUCGGCAAGUGCAUUUAAAAGUGCUAGUGCUUUGGAAGAACGCCAGGCACAAGGAGAAACAAUUUUGAAUGAUAAUGGGCAAAGAGAAAUUCAAAGGAUUAGCACAAUGCAAAUUUCAAGAGUAACACCGGUUGCAGGAAAUAAUCCCAUUGAUUCCAAUUUCUUCCAACCAACUGAAAAGGGUCUUCAACAAGAGCCUCAAGAUGUGCUACGAGAUAAUGAUCAAGCAAUUUCACAACAUCACCGCAGUAAUUGGGUAGAUGCUGAAGAGGAUGAUGAAGACGAACAAGAUGAAAAUGAACAGUGCAUUCAGUCAACACCACCAUACUAUGAAGAACAUUAGUUCAGAGAAAUUUACUGAAAUGGUUCUCCUUUAUCUUGGUAUGGCGAUUCUCUGAAGUUGCUUUGUCUCUUAAAGUUUUUUCUAAUUGAUCCAGUAACCCAUCAUUUAAAAUGAUUGAAUAUCCCAAUAUUGCUGUUUUUCUUGUACGUAUUAUAUUAUUAAAUCUGCCAGUUAGAAACACCGAUUCUUAUCUUCUGCAGCCAUUUCUUUAUGCAUAUAAAUACAAAAUUUGGUGUCCUUGUAUCAUAUACACCUUCCCGUAUUUAAUCACCAUUGAUGACAAAGUACAAUCACUUGAUUUGUACUCGAAAGGUAUAAUUUGUAACUUAUAAUUAGUCUACCUUGUUAGCUCCCCUUAGGACAUAGGGAUACAGAGUAUGUUCUUACAUCAGUUACAUGCAUGAUGAUGCAUCUGUUCUCCUAUUUGUUUGUUCUUGAGUCCCCUAUGUACCCCGGAACUCUUGCACUAAUCUAUGGACGAUGAUGAUUGCAUGGUAAAGGGCUCAUUGAUCCAAGUCAUUGACCGUUGUAUAA